AUGGCAGAGGAGCGGGAUGGAACCCUCGGGACGGCAUCAAGACCGUCUCGAGUCCUUUGGCGUGGUUUCAUUGCAGAGGCGGGCAGAGGAGAUUGGCUAGGAGAAGUUAUCAUGACUCUGCUUACCGUCGUUGCUGUUGCUUUUGAACUGUCCAGCAAGUAUCAGAUCAAGCAUCACGCACCGUCAGUUGCCCUAUCGCAGCGGCCCGUCGAGAGCGAGGUGGAUCAGUCAGGAUGCAUCAAGACCGUGUUUCGUCCCUCGCAGUCCACUCUGCAUCGAUGGCGAGAGGCACAGCUCGCUGUCGGGUGUGCCCACGGCGUCCUUUUCAUUGUUACAAAGGCGGGCGGAGGAGAAUUGUCAGGUGAAUCCACGUCCAAGUCGACCUCAAAGCUCACCGUGGCCAGUGCGUAUUCUAACCAUCAGCACUCAUUAUCAAUCACCCUCAAUACUCGUAUCAACCACCAUCCAUCGCUAUUCACCCACAACAAUCGAGGCGGCCGAGAGAUCGAGAGCGGGAUGAAAUAG